AAACUAUAGAAUGGUUUCCUGUUCUUCCGCCGAGGCCGCAGUCGCUUGCACAUAUCAUCACGCAUUAAGUUUUCAAUUAUGAACCUCUCAAUAGUAUUGUGCACGAUAGUUAUUGGAAUAUCCCAUUUAACAAAUGGACAGUUCCAAUGCCCCAAGAAGAACGGUCAGUACGAGGACCCGGUGCAAUGCGACAAGUUCUACGAGUGCAAAGACGGCGUGGCCACGACGAAACUGUGCCCUGACGGGUUAGUGUUCGACCCGCUGAACAGGAAGAUCAACAAAUGCGACCAGCCGUUCAGCGUGGACUGCGGCGAAAGAUCCGAACUCCAAACUCCGCAGUCCAGCUACUUGUGUCCGAGACGUAACGGGUACUUUGCCCACCCAGACGAAAAGGUGUGCAACAUAUUCUACAACUGCAUCGAGGGCGAUGGCACGGAAAUCGUGUGCCCCAACGGAUUGCAUUUCGACGAGUACGCGGGAUCGUGCGCCUGGCCCGCGACGGCCGGCAGGACUGGUUGCAACGAAUCGGACGACAUGAAAUUGAAAGACGGCUUCAUGUGCCCCAAAGAUAAGGUCCACAACAGCCGGGGCCAGAACGUGGCUCACCCCGUGUUCGCUCACCCAGACGACUGUCAGAAGUUCUACGUGUGCCUCAACGGCGUCACCCCCCGGGAACAGGGCUGUUCGACCGGCGAAGUGUUCAACGAGGAGUCUCAAAAGUGUGACCAACCCGAGAACGUGGCCGGAUGCGAGAAUUGGUACAAAGACGAUCCACAAGUGCAACAGCAGCAACAGAACAAGAACAAAAAACAAUAGUUAUUUCGCAUUGUUUUGUUGAACAUAA